AGCAGUAUCAUACAACUUCGCUCCAUCGACGCUUCACACGCCUUGCCACUUCGCACUCCCGCACCAAGGCAUCACUUGCCGCCAUAGCUGCCCACUAUACGCCCGAAGGGCAGCGCUCGGGUGAUUACCACAGCUCGAAGCCCGAAGCAGCCAUCACAUCAUCACAGCACCGCAAGUCUUCGGCGAGCUCAAUCAAGACACUACCGCUUCGACGUCUCUCUGCUGUGCAAGCUCACCUCACCUCGACGUCCACUUCAUCCGGAUCCACCUUGAACACUCCCACAGCUGCUGCGAGCAUGCCUACCUCGAUCUCUUCCAGCAAGAGCGCCUAUGGCCCUUCCGGCCCCUUUGGGCGAGCCUUCCAAAUAGCACCGGGUGUGCAGAACUAUGAUUGGGGAAUCACCGGCAAGAAUGGGAGUCUUGUGGCCGUGUAUGGGCAGGCUACCGAGCAGCUGGAGAUGAAAGUCGAGGAUGACAAGCCGUACGCUGAGCUGUGGAUGGGAACCCACCCCACUCUCCCCUCCACCAUCAUCCCUCCCCCCGGAUCAUCCUCGUCCUCGUCCAACGGCAGCUCCUCUGCAGUCACCCUCUCCUCCUACCUCAACGAGUAUCCUGCCCUCCUUGGUCAGAAGGUUGUAGACCGCUACGGCACAGGCCUCACCCGCAAUGGAGGCAAGAAGUCCUCUGAUGGCAAGCAAGAGGAUGUUGGUGCUCUCCCCUUUCUCUUCAAAGUCCUUUCUGCGGGCAAAGCCCUCAGUAUCCAAGCUCACCCAGACAAGGAAUUGGCCAAGAAGUUGCAUUCGGAGAAGCCAAAGUCGUACAAGGACGAUAAUCACAAGCCGGAAAUGGCGAUUGCCCUCACUCCCUUUGAGGGAUUCUGUGGCUUCCGCCCAUUGCAGGAGAUUGUGCACUUCUUGGAGGUGGUACCGGAGCUGCGCGAGCUGGUGAGACCUUCAGACGACUUCCUCGCCCAAGUAGGCAAGGUAGCAGAUAGCAAUAGUGAAUCCUCAUCGGAGGAAGAGCGCAAGAAGUACCUACGGCAGAUUUUCAGUCCACUGAUGAAGGCGGACAGCAGCAAUGUAGAGAAGCAAGCCAGCGCACUCGUCGAGCGGUACAGCUCUGCCCUCUCUUCCUCGUCGAGCCUGGAAGUUCCCACAGCUCUAGCCAAGCUAGUCUGCAAGCUCAACUCUCAAUUCCCAGGCGACGUAGGCAUCUUCUGCUCCUUUAUUCUAAACGUCGUCCAUUUGCAUCCCGGCCAAGCAAUGUUCCUCGGAGCAAACGAGCCGCACGCUUACAUUCAGGGAAACAUCAUCGAGUGCAUGGCCGCUAGCGACAAUGUUGUUCGCGCUGGCCUGACACCAAAGGAGAGGGACGUGGAUGUACUUGUGGAUAUGCUCACCUACUCCCAUGCCGGACCGGAGAAACAACUCUUGCGUCCGAGGGAGUUUCUGCCCUUGGAGGGGAGCGAGACCUACUCAUUGUACAGCAGCGAGGAGGACAAGGAAGGAGGAGGAAAGGAAGUGCCUUCUCUCCUCUACGACCCGCCCAUUGAGGAGUUCUCCGUUGUGGGAACACACCUCGCUCCAGGUCAAGUGGAAAAGCAACGUGCCCUGCAAGGCCCCUCUUUACUCAUUCACACUUCCGGUAAAGGCAAACUCACUGCCACUUUUCCUACUUCUAGCCAGCCGUCAAAAGGCACACAGAGCGAUGAUGGCUCCGGCGGUGGUGGGAGCGUCUCCUUCGACCUCGACGCACCAGGCAAGGUCUUCUUCAUUGGUGCAGACACGCGCAUAGACCUCUGUGCUGCCGAGGGGGAGAAGGAGAAGCUCGGCGUCUUCAGAGCUUUCCUCGAGGUAUCUGGGACUGACUCCUAGGCCGCCAGGAAAGACAGCAAGGCAUGGGAGAGGGCGAAUGGAGGGUUCUGUCAUACG